AUGGAGGCGGCUCUCGGAGCGGCGAACUGGCUCCUCGGCCAAGUCCUCAACAAGCUCUCCGACGACUUGGUGGAAGCCUACGUGUCCAGCACCGAGCUCGGCCUCAACCUUGACGAGAUCGAACGGGAGAUGCUCUACACCAGAGGGCUGCUGGACGAGGCCCAGGGGAGGGACCUCAACAACAAACCUGGCCUGCAGGGGCUGCUCGAGAAGCUCGGCAAGAAGGCCGACGAGGCUGAGGAUGCUCUCGACGAGCUCCACUACUUCAUCAUCCAGGAUAAGCUGGACGGGACUCAAGAGGCCACUCCGGACUUGGGCGGUGGCCUCGGCGCCAAAGCUCAGCAUGCCCGCCAUGCUGCUCGCCACACUUCUGGUAACUGGCUCUCAUGCUUCUCUUGUUGCCGUUCAAAAGAUGAUGUUGCUGCUGCCAUGUCUCUUGACCACGGUGGCCAUGUUGAAAAGUUGCCAUUCAACCGGGUGGAAAUGUCCAACAAAAUCAAGCAGCUCAUAGAGGAGCUGCACUCUAACUGUACUCCUGUCUCUGACUUGCUCAAGAUAGUGUCAGGCAGUAACCCUCAGCCACACAUGCCUGCCUUCACUAAAAGGCCCGACACAAGCUCUCAAAUCACACAGGAGAAGUUGUUUGGGAGGGAUGCCAUCUUUGAGAAAACUAUAGAGGAGAUUAUCAGUGUGACACAGAGUGGUAAAACCUUGUCUGUUCUUCCUAUAGUUGGCCCAGGGGGUAUUGGAAAGACUACCUUCACCCAGCACUUAGUCAAUGACCCAAGGAUUAAGCAAUGUUUUCCUGAUAUUAAUGUCUGGAUAUGUGUAUCGACUAAUUUUGACGUGCUUAAUCUCACCAAAGAGAUCCUGAGCUGCCUACCUGCAACUGAUAAUGAAGGAAAUAAAAUACCAAAUGAAACUACUGCCAACUUAGACCAACUUCAGAAAUCCAUCGCAGAGAGGUUGAAAUCCAAAAGGUUUCUACUUGUCUUGGAUGACAUAUGGGAAUGUAGCAGUACUGAAGAGUGGGAAAAACUAUUAGCUCCAUUAAAAAAGGACGAGACCAGUGGCAACAUGAUUCUUGUCACAACUCGGUUCCCAAAAAUUGUAGAAAUGGUGACAAAAGGAACUAAUCCAAUUGACCUCCAUGGUUUGGAUCCUGAUGAGUUUUGGAAAUUCUUCCAAAUAUGUGCAUUUGGUAGGAUCCAAGAUGAGCAUGGUGAUCGAGAGUUAAUUGGUAUUGCAAAACAAAUAGCAGAUAAGUUAAAAUGCUCCCCACUUGCAGCCAAAACAGUUGGUCGGUUAUUGAUCAAAAAACCAUUUCAGGAACAUUGGAUGAAAAUUCUUGACAACAAAGAGUGGCUAGAAGAAAAUCAUGACAAUGAUAUUAUCCCAGCCUUGAAAAUUAGCUAUGACUACCUUCCCUUCCAUCUGAAAAAAUGCUUUUCAUGUUUUUCCCUUUUCCCUUACGAUUAUAAGUUUGAGAAGCUUGAGAUUAUUUGUUUUUGGGAUUCAAUAGGCAUCAUAGACUGUACUAGGAAGAAUAAAAAAACUGAGGACAUAGGAUCAGAUUAUUUGGAUGAAUUAUUAGAUAAUGGUUUUCUUAUAAAAGGAGAUGAUAAUUUUUACGCAAUGCAUGAUUUACUUCAUGAUCUUUCAAGGAUCGUUUCAUUAGAAGAAUGUGCCUAUAUCAGUUGUUCUAGUUUUGACGCAAAUGAAAUCCCAAAAACUGUUCGUUACCUAUCCAUUUUCAUGCAUGAUACUCAUAUUCAGAAUUUUGAUGAAGACAUGGGUAAAUUGAAGGAAAGGAUAGACAUUAAAAAUUUGCGGAGUUUGAUGAUUUUUGGAGAAUACAGAAGGUUACGCCAAGUCAAUAUUUUAAGGGAUACAUUUAAGGAAAUAAGAGGUCUUCGUGUUCUAUCUAUAUUCAUGAACUCCCAUAGUUCCUUGCCACACAACUUUUCAAACCUUGUCCAUCUUCGGUACUUAAAACUUAUUUCACCUUAUUACUCAAAAGUGCCUUUGCCAAACACAGUGUCUAGGUUUUAUCACUUGAAAUUUCUAGAUGUUAACCGAUGGGGAAGUGGUUGUUCUCUGCCUAAGGACAUUAGCCGUCUUGAAAAUUUACGCCAUUUUGUUGCUUGGGAAAAUUUUCAUUCCAAUGUUCCUGAGGUGGGGAAAAUGAAGUUUUUACAAGAAUUGAAAGAAUUCCAUGUCAAGAAAGAGAGUUUUGGCUUUGAGCUAGGAGAGUUGGGUAAACUAGAAGAACUUGGAGGAGUGCUCAAUAUACAUGGGCUUGAAAAUGUAACAACCAGGCAUGAAGCUAAAGAAGCCAAACUGAUGGCAAAGAGAAAUUUAGUUGAGUUGGGAUUACAUUGGAAUGAGAAGCAAGAGUCCACUGGAGAUGAUAUCCUAGAUAGUAUCCAGCCACACUCUUAUAUUAGAAGACUUCGCAUUGUAAAUCAUGGUGGUGUAGUUGGUCCUAGUUGGUUGUGCAGCAACAUCAUAUACAUGAAAAACUUGGAGACCCUACAUCUAGAGAGCGUGUCAUGGGCCAACCUUCCACCUAUUGGACAGCUUUAUCACCUAAGAAAGCUGAAGCUAAAAAAGAUCACUGGGAUAUCUCAUAUUGGACCUGACUUCUUCGGUGGCACAACAGAAAAAAGUUUCACACACUUGAAGGAAGUUGAGUUUUGUGAUAUGCCGGAACUCGUGCAGUGGGUUGGGGGAGCUAACUGUCAUCUGUUCUUAAGGCUUGAAAAAAUCAGCUGCACUGAUUGUCCCAUGCUCACUACGCUGCUAUUCUCGGGUUGGCCUAUUUCUUCUACAGAAGACAACACCAUAUGGUUCCCUAGUCUUCAUGAUCUUUGCAUUUAUAGAUGCCCAAAGUUGUGCCUUCCUCCCUUGCCUCACACCUCGAAGGUAUCCCGUAUUAAGACGGAGUGCUUGGCUUAUGAUCGUACUGAGUUGGGCAUUCGGAUGCCCUAUGAAUUAUUGGCCUUCCACAAUCUUGGUGAUGUAGAAAGGUUGACAAUUCAGGAUGCAUCAUGCUUCUCAUUUAUGGAUCUUCAAAAGCUACAUUCCCUAAGACAUAUAGAGGUCAAUAGAUGUGAGGAAACGUUUUUGAGAGGACUGGAUGAUGGUGUUGUGCUCCACGAAGUCCAAUCUCUCGAACUGGAUCAAUUUCCUCUUACCAGAAAAUCUUUGUCAGAUUUGUUCAAGUGUUUCCCAGCUCUUUCUCGUUUGGGUGUGCGGGCAUCAUCAGAUGAGGAUCAAGAGGAAGUGGUACUGCAGUUUCCACCCUCCAGCUCGCUGAGAGAUGUCCGCUUCUUUGGGUGUAAGAAUCUGAUCCUGCCUAUGGAUGAAGAGGAAGGAGCUGGAUUCUGGGGCCUCUUGUCUCUCGAGUCCGUGAUCAUAAUCAAUUGUGACAAGCUAUUCUCUCGAUGGUCCAUGGGAGGAGUUGCAUCUCAGACUCAUAGCAUCAUCUACCCUCUCCCUCCGUGCCUCAAGGAACUCAGCCUUAAGCGUGAGCAAAGCACGCUGCCGAUGGCUCUGCUCGCGAAUCUCACAUCUCUUACCAGUCUACAACUUGAUAAUUGCAAGGAUAUCACAGCGGAUGGGUUCGAUCCCCUCAUCACAUCCAACCUCGAGCAUCUGCGGGUGUACAAUUGGAGAGCUGGUGAGGCUGAGCCAUACUCUGUAGCAGCAGAUGUACUUGUAGCGGUGGCAAGGACCCAAACAAUGCCCGCCGGUUCCUUCCAACUGGUGAGCCUUCAUGUGGACAGCAUCUCCGCAGUGCUUGUUGCUCCCAUCUGCAGCCGCCUCUCCGCUACCCUCCAGAGGUUAUUCUUCAUUUGUGAUUGGCGGACGGAGAAGUUCACGGAAGAGCAGGAUGAGGCGCUUCAGCUCCUCACGUCUCUCCGAAUCCUGUGGUUCGACAAUUGCAGGGCUCUGCGGUCCCUCCCCCAAGGGUUGCAUCGCCUUCCUUCUCUCCAGGAAUUACGUAUCUUGGGGACCCAAAAAAUCAGAUCGCUGCCCAAGGAGGGCCUCCCCGAUUCACUUCGACGGCUGCACAUUUCUGAUUGUUGUGCCGAGAUUUAUGAGGAAUGCCAGAAAUUAAGGGGAACAAGGCCAGAUAUAGAUGUAUGUGCCUUCAUUGCUGAGGCGGAAAGCUGA